UGCACUGACAGCUCGGAGGAAAAAAAAGAAUCCACAAAACGGGGAGCUUAUGAGAAGCCAUUACUUACAAUAACUCAGCGAAGGUUUUUAGGACAGCCCCGAAUCCUUACAAGGCUCGUGGAGGAACUGGUUUACGCACCAGUAGUAGGCUAGUUGAAGUGGACUAGUUUUCUUGGCGGAGGUGCGGAGUUUAUGAUUCAGGAUUCAGGAUUGGUGUAGGAGGGCUACUGAAUGGGAGCAGUCACUGGAUUCGUGAUACCAACGCAAGCAAACCAGACCACCUACUGCCCAUCAUAUCUGACUUUUGGGGACGUUUAGGGCACAAACAGAACAAGAUCACCGCUAUUCCUCCUUCUGUCCCCUUCCCCUUUCCUUUCUCACGGAUUCUUCAGAAAGAUAAAUCCUCCAGACAUGGCUCAGAUACUGCCGAUACGAUUUCAGGAACAUCUGCAGUUGCAGAACAUGGGCGUGAACCCAGCCAACAUUGGGUUCAGCUAUCUGACCCUGGAGUCGGACAAGUUCAUCUGCAUCAGAGAGAAGGUGGGCGAUCAGAACCAGGUGGUGAUCGUGGAUAUGUCCGACCCCACUAACCCAAUCAGGAGACCAAUCUCUGCCGACAGUGCCAUCAUGAAUCCCGCCAGCAAGGUCAUUGCCCUGAAAGACGCUGCCAAGACGCUGCAGAUCUUCAACAUUGAGAUGAAGAGUAAGGUGAAGGCUCACACUAUGACAGAGGAGGUCAUGUUCUGGAAGUGGAUAUCGGUAAACACUGUUGCCUUGGUGACGGAUACGGCUGUCUUUCACUGGAGCAUGGAGGGGGAUUCCCAACCCAACAAAGUGUUUGAUCGGCACGCUAGUCUGGCGGGAUGUCAGAUCAUCAACUACAGAACUGACGAACAACAGAAGUGGCUACUGCUGAUAGGGAUUUCUGCACAGCAAAACCGUGUGGUUGGGGCGAUGCAGCUGUAUUCUGUUGACAGGAAAGUGUCCCAGCCCAUUGAGGGCCACGCCGCUGCCUUCGGGGAGUUCAAAGUGGAGGGAAAUGCCAAACCCUCCACCCUUUUCUGCUUUGCUGUGCGCUCACAGGCUGGGGGAAAGUUGCACAUUAUUGAAGUUGGUCAGCCAGCUGCAGGAAACCAGCCAUUUGCUAAGAAAGCAGUGGAUGUGUUCUUCCCUCCAGAGGCUCAGACAGACUUUCCUGUAGCUAUGCAGAUUGGUAAUAAGCACGGUGUAAUAUAUUUGAUCACAAAGUACGGGUACAUUCACCUGUAUGACCUGGAGUCUGGAGUGUGCAUCUACAUGAACCGAAUCAGUGCAGAGACCAUCUUUGUAACCGCCCCUCAUGAAGCCACCUCUGGAAUUAUUGGGGUCAACAAGAAGGGACAGGUGUUGUCAGUGUGUGUUGAGGAGGAAAACAUUGUCAACUAUGCCACCAACGUCCUGCAGAACCCUGAUCUAGCCUUGAGGAUGGCUGUGAGGUCCAACCUUGCUGGGGCUGAGGAGAUUUUUGCCAGGAAGUUCAACACUCUGUUUGCCCAGGGAAGUUAUUCAGAAUCUGCAAAGAUUGCUGCAUCAGCACCCAAGGGUAUCCUACGGACGGCAGAAACCAUCCGUAAGUUUCAGAGUGUCCCGGCCCAGCCAGGUCAGGCCUCGCCACUGUUGCAGUACUUUGGUAUUCUGCUGGACCAGGGCCAGCUUAACAAGUUUGAGUCUCUGGAGCUGUGCAGGCCAGUCCUGCAGCAGGGCCGCAAGCAACUACUGGAGAAAUGGCUGAAGGAGGACAAGCUGGAGUGCUCAGAGGAGCUGGGAGACCUGGUGAAGGCCUCUGACCCCACCCUCGCUCUUAGUGUGUACCUCAGAGCUAACGUGCCCAACAAGGUCAUCCAGUGCUUCGCUGAGACGGGCCAGUUCCAAAAGAUAGUGCUGUAUGCUAAAAAGGUUGGCUACACCCCAGACUGGGUGUUUUUGCUGAGAAAUGUAAUGCGUGUCAGUCCAGACCAGGGACUGCAGUUUGCCCAGAUGCUGGUCCAGGAUGAAGAGCCGCUGGCCAACAUCAACCAGAUUGUAGAUGUAUUCAUGGAGGGCAACCUGAUCCAGCAGUGCACCUCCUUCCUGUUGGAUGCUCUAAAGAACAACCGCCCAGCCGAAGGACACUUACAUACACGUCUGCUUGAGAUGAACCUCAUACAUGCCCCCCAGGUAGCAGAUGCAAUCCUGGGGAACCAGAUGUUUACGCACUAUGACCGUGCCCACGUUGCUCAGCUGUGUGAGAAGGCAGGUCUGCUGCAGAGGGCUCUUGAACACUACACCGACCUGUAUGAUAUCAAACGAGCCGUGGUGCACACACAUCUGCUCAACCCUGAGUGGCUGGUGAACUUCUUCGGCUCUUUAUCAGUAGAAGACUCGUUGGAGUGUUUAAGGGCCAUGUUGUCGGCUAACAUCAGGCAGAACCUGCAGCUGUGUGUCCAGAUAGCAUCUAAGUAUCAUGAGCAGCUGGGGACUGAGGCAUUAGUGGAGCUCUUUGAAUCCUUCAAGAGUUAUGAGGGUUUGUUUUACUUCCUUGGGUCGAUUGUGAAUUUCAGCCAGGAGCCUGACGUUCACUUUAAGUACAUCCAGGCUGCCUGCAAAACAGGCCAGAUCAAAGAAGUGGAGAGAAUCUGUAGAGAGAGCAACUGCUACGACCCAGAGAGGGUUAAAAACUUCCUCAAGGAGGCCAAGCUGACAGACCAGCUUCCUCUCAUCAUUGUGUGUGAUCGCUUUGACUUUGUCCACGACCUGGUGCUCUACCUCUACCGCAACAGUCUACAGAAAUACAUUGAAAUCUACGUACAGAAAGUGAACCCCAGUCGUUUACCGGUGGUGAUAGGCGGUCUGUUGGAUGUCGACUGUGCUGAGGAUGUCAUUAAAAACCUGAUCAUGGUGGUCAGAGGGCAGUUUUCUACUGAUGAGCUGGUGGAGGAGGUAGAGAAGAGGAACAGGUUAAAACUUCUAUUGCCAUGGCUGGAGUCCCGUAUCCACGAUGGAUGUGAGGAGCCGGCUACCCACAAUGCCCUGGCAAAGAUCUACAUUGACAGCAACAACACACCCGAACGCUUCCUGAAGGAGAACACGUUCUACGAUAGCGCCGUGGUCGGAAAAUACUGCGAGAAGAGAGACCCCCACCUGGCCUGUGUGGCUUAUGAGAGAGGACAGUGUGACCUGGAGCUCAUCAAAGUGUGCAAUGAGAACUCUUUAUUCAAGAGUGAGGCUCGAUAUCUUGUGCGACGGAAAGAUCCAGAGCUUUGGGCGAAUGUGUUAGAAGAAAACAACCCCUUCAGAAGACAACUCAUCGACCAGGUGGUGCAGACAGCACUGUCAGAGACCCAGGACCCAGAGGAGGUGUCAGUCACAGUCAAGGCCUUCAUGACUGCGGACCUGCCCAACGAGCUGAUCGAACUGCUGGAGAAGAUUGUACUUGAUAACUCUGUCUUCAGUGAACACAGAAACCUCCAGAACCUGCUGAUUUUGACGGCCAUCAAGGCCGACCGUACUCGUGUGAUGGAGUACAUUAACAAGCUAGACAACUACGACGCUCCAGACAUUGCUAAUAUUGCCAUCAGCAAUGAGCUCUUUGAAGAAGCGUUUGCCAUUUUCAAGAAGUUUGAUGUCAACACCUCAGCCAUACAGGUAUUGAUAGAGCACAUAGGGAACUUAGAUCGUGCCUAUGAGUUUGCUGAGCGCUGUAAUGAGCCUGCGGUGUGGAGCCAGUUAGCCAGAGCUCAGCUACAAAGAGACCUGGUCAAGGAGGCCAUUGACUCGUAUAUCAAAGCCGUUGACCCUUCAGCGUACAUGGAGGUGGUCAACGCAGCCAGCAAGAACAAUAACUGGGAAGACUUGGUUAAAUUCCUUCAGAUGGCUCGAAAGAAAGCGAGAGAGUCUUACGUGGAGACAGAGCUGAUCUUUGCUUUAGCUAAAACGAACCGUCUGGCGGAGCUGGAAGAGUUUGUCAGUGGGCCCAACAAUGCUCACAUACAGCAGGUGGGCGAUAGAUGUUAUGAUGAGGGAAUGUAUGAAGCAGCCAAGCUCUUGUACAACAAUGUGUCCAACUUUGCUCGCCUCGCAUCCACACUAGUCCACCUCGGAGAGUACCAGGCAGCUGUGGACAGUGCGAGGAAAGCCAACAGCACACGUACAUGGAAGGAGGUGUGUUUUGCAUGUGUGGAUGGCGAGGAGUUUCGGCUGGCACAAAUCUGCGGCCUUCACAUAGUGAUCCACGCUGACGAGCUGGAGGACCUGAUCAGCUACUAUCAGGACCGCGGGUACUAUGAGGAACUCAUUGCUCUGCUGGAGGCUGCGCUGGGUCUGGAGAGGGCCCACAUGGGCAUGUUCACCGAGCUCGCCAUCCUCUACUCAAAGUUCAAGCCUCAGAAGAUGAGGGAGCACCUGGAGCUCUUCUGGUCCAGAGUCAACAUCCCAAAGGUUCUUCGUGCAGCAGAGCAGUCUCAUCUGUGGGCAGAGCUGGUUUUCCUCUAUGAUAAAUAUGAGGAGUUUGACAACGCUGCCAUCACAAUGAUGUCUCAUCCGACAGAUGCUUGGAAAGAAGGGCUGUUCAAGGACAUUAUUGCCAAGGUUGCCAAUGUGGAGUUGUACUAUAAAUGUCUUUCCUUCUACCUGGAAUACAAACCCCUCUUUCUGAAUGACCUGUUGACCAUUCUGUCUCCGCGGUUGGACCACAGCCGAGCUGUCACAUUUUUCAGCAAGGUGAACCAGCUGAAGUUGAUCAAGCCUUACCUGAGGUCUGUCCAGAAUCACAACAACAAGUCCGUCAAUGAAGCCCUCAACAACCUGCUGACAGAGGAGGAAGACUACCAGGGCCUGAGAGCAUCCAUCGAUGCCUAUGACAACUUUGAUACCAUUGGCCUGGCGCAGAGGUUAGAGAAACAUGAACUGAUUGAGUUCAGGCGUAUUGCUGCCUACCUGUACAAGGGCAACAACCGCUGGAGACAGAGUGUAGAGCUCUGCAAGAAGGACAAACUCUACAAGGAUGCAAUGCUGUAUGUCGCAGAAUCUAAGGAUGCAGAGCUGGCAGAGACUCUGCUCCAGUGGUUCCUGGAGGAGGGCAGGAAGGAGUGCUUCGCUGCCUGCCUGUUCGCCUCCUAUGACCUGCUGCACCCUGACGUGGUGCUGGAGCUGGCCUGGAGGCACAACAUCAUGGACUUUGCCAUGCCAUACUUCAUCCAGGUCAUGAGAGAGUACCUGACAAAGGUUGAUGAGUUUGCAGCGAAGGUGACGGUGGACAAACUGGAGGAGGCAGACAGCCAAAGGAAAACUGAAGAGGAUGUGACAGAGCCUCAGCCGAUAGUGUUUGGCCAGCAGCUGAUGUUGCCUGCCUCUCCUGCUCCAGUGGCUCCCCAGCCAGCUUACCCAGGCUAUGGCUACCCCGCCGCCCCUGUGGGCUUCCCCGCUCAGCCCGCUUAUGGCUUCAACAUGUAGAGGCCUGACCCUGCCUCUACCACCCCUCUCCCCCUGCACACACUCACACACCUUGGACCUGAACCAGACUGAACCGUGCUGCUCUUGGUCACAACUGGCGGCACAGAGACCCAUGAAACUUAACCGGGCCUUCAUUCCCAAUGAGACUCCACUGAAACUGCAAUAGAAACCCUUCACCUCUACUUCCUCCACACACACUUCAGAAGGACUGGCUGUUGCAAGGCUGUUGGACCAUCCCUCCCUCACUACUCUCUCUUUUCCACUUGGACAUUAUAUCUGCAUCACUGAUCUACACAGCAUGCAGUCACCUCUCAGCUCUUAGAGGAAUUAACAUACCGAAGAUAACAUUAGUGACACCAAACCACUCUGUCCUGUUGCUGUUCCAUGUAGACUUUAUUAACCAUAGAGCAGCUUUUUUUUAUUUUUUCCUAGAGAUUCAGCACUGAUGAGGAAGAGACUUUGUUAUUGAGGAGUGGAGGGGGCAUGCGUGUGUCUCCCCCCUCCCUCCUAAAGCACUGCUACAGCCUUAUGUAGUUUGAUGAGGUGGCAAAACAUGGGCUAAUUUGUUCAUGUUUAAUUUCACAACUGUCUCAUGCUCUGAUUAGAAAGAUGGCUACUGUGCAAUAGUUUUGUUUGUCCUCUCUCAACAGGUACAAAAUGUUUGCUGUAUACGGACUAAGAACACUUGUCUAUGAGGUUAUGGUACUGUCUGUGUAUGUAUGUGUGUGUGUGAGUGUGUGUGUUUAGCCUCUAAAGCCUUUGAGGGAUAUGUCACCAAAACAAGAGACACUCAAUAAAAUGUCCACCCCCUUGCAGCUGCAAACCUUUCGCUGGGUCAGAGCGGUCGAUCUCGGACUCCGGAUAUCUGGAGUUUCAGGAUGCUUGUGACAAAAAGACAAAAGAAAGAAAGGAGGUGAAAUAAAAAAUAAUGCUAUAUGCUGUAGUCUGUGCAUGUGCUGCCAAAUUAUAAUGCUGCAACCAGGAGCACAAUUUUCAUGUUACUCUCAAGUAUAUUAAGUAUUACUAAUGUGUCAAAAACAAAGUGAUGUUCGAUGAAACUUUGUCACCCGACUAACAGAAAGCAGUAAUGAAGCUCUGACAGACUUGAGGAGAUGACAUUAGCUCACAUCCUGGUGCCAGUUGAUUUAAAAAAAAAAAAAAAAAUGAUUCUUCUGAAAACGGUGUAUAAUUUAAGAUGUACUGAAAUACCUAACUAAUCCAAUAAGUCAAAUAUUAUGGAAAUCUAUAUGUACUGUCUAUAGUGUGUUGUUGUAGCCUUAAAAAGCAUAAUGAUUUUUGUAAGAAAAUGACAAAAUGCAAAAACAGCAGGUUAAUAAAUGGCAAAGUCUUGAGGCAAGGCUGCUCAAAGUGGUGACAGUUCAGUUGAUUGUUUACUUCCUGUGUUGUCCGACAGUAUACGAUACACUGAGUUCUGUCCUGCAGUGGUGUCAAUUUUGGAUUUGUCAAAACAGAAAGCAAAAGCCUGAGCUGCACACAAAGCACUACCUUUAUCUGCACAAAAGUCAUGCAUACAGAAAGAGGAAUAAAGUUUACACACAAUG